AUGGCUUCCUUUAUGGAGGACCUGUGGUCUAGCAUCUUCACCCCAGGACCUACACCAACCCUUCUGCUCGCGACCAACGUCACCUUCGCCGCCCUCCAGCUUCUCUUUUUCGCCCUCCUCUUAGCCACCUAUAGCGUUCACUUCGUCGCCCUAUCGAUCAUCAGCGCUGGAUUAUGGUGGUCUAUCAACUGGUUCGCCGUCGAGGUGCGACUUGCCCAGCAGGCGCAGGAGGCCGAGAAAGAAAAAAAAGAGGACGCGAAGACGCGGAAGAGUCCCGCUGUUGGAGAAAACGCCGAUAGCGAAACGGAGACCGAGGCCCUUGAUUCCAAGAAGACAGAUGAGAAGUCUAUUGCUGUCGCGACCGGGAGUGCAACGUCCGGGUUGCUGCCCACAGUGCGCGAUCCUAAGAAGCGGCUCAGCAUGUGUGGUGAGGGGUCCGGGUAUGGAAGCACGGAUAGUGAAUGGGAAAAGGUUGAUGAUACUCAGUCAUGA